CUUGGUCACUAAUUGAGAAAAAACCUUACAGCUGGAUCUCCUGGAGGCAUUUCCUCAAGAGAGGCUCCUUUCUCUGUGAUAACUCCAGCUUGUGUCAAGUCAACACACAAAACUCACCAGCACAGUGUCCUACACUAUCUUCUUUUGUCCACACUUCUUUACUUGCACAUGUUCAGUGCAUUGAGUCAUUGGUCUGGUUCAAGGCCUCUCUGGCUUCUGCUACACCAUCAAUACUGGAUCCUCAUGUUGUCCUGUGUUAAAGAGAGAUCCUGCUGCUUUGGAUCUGUAGAACUGACCCCUUCCUGCACUCCAGCAGUUCAUAGAUAGCAUAGAUGUUGGGGUAAGUCAACUCAAAGCUCUGGAUCUGGGCCUCGGUGGUAGCUGAGUCAGUCAGCCCACCAGCUCUCUCAAACACACACCACCAGAGUGAACUCUGCAGCAUUGCCCUAGCUAACUUACCCAAUGCCACAGCUGGCAGGGGGCAGGGCCAGCUCUCCCACUCUCAUGCCCUCAGGGCCAGCUCACCCAAGCCCAUGCCUGCAGGGCCAACUCUAUUGUGCUGCCUAGGCCAGGUGCAGAUCCCACUCUUCUGAGUGUGGCAACCUGUGAGGGACAGAGCCAGCUCUCCCACUCUCCCACACUCACUCGCAAUCCUCACAACCAAGGUCAAUUCUACUGUGGUGCCCAGGUGAGCUACAGGGCCCACUCUCCCAAGUGCUGCAGCCAGUGAGGGUAGACAUUGGGGUGGACCAACUCAAAGUCUGCAGCUGGUGAGAGGUAGGACCAGCUCUCCCACCCUUAUGACCCCAGGGCCAGCUCUCCCAAUUGCCUCAGGUGGUGAGGCAUCUUUCCCUUGCCAGUGCCACCACACUGCAGAUGAAUGAAAGACCACCUCUCCCAUACUCAACAUCCUUGGACCAGCUCUGCUGUGCUUCCUGGGCAAGAUGCAGGGCUCUCUCCGGACUUCUACAGCUGGAACUCUGUGAGGGACUCAGACCCCAUUACUGAAGAAAAAAGGAAGGUAGAAAAGAUGGUGGCUGAUUGCCUGACAAACUGUUACCAGGUCUCAGUAACUUUUGAUGAUGUGGCUGUGGACUUCACCCAAGAAGAAUGGAUUUUAUUGGAUCAAGCUCACAGAGACCUCUACAGAGAAGUGAUGCUGGAGAAUUACCAGAACCUGGCUUCAGCAGGCUGUGAGGUCAUCAAGCCUAGUCUGAUCUCCUGGCUGGAAGAAGAGGAUUUGCACAGAGAAGAUCUCCAAGAAUGGGAAAUGCCACUUGGCACCCAAGAGUCAACAUUGCAUCAGGAUUGUUUGAGGGGACAGACUUCCAGUGGAAUACAAACGGGCAGGAGCCACAGUGCACGAGAACUCUGUUAUUAUACACAAUGUGGAGAAAUUUUCAGUGAACACUCAUAUUUUAAGACACAUGUGAAAACUCACAGUGCAUGGAACACUGGACAUCUCACCCACCCAGAUCAUGAUGCAUCUGCUCAAGUGCACACCAUAAAAACGUACCCAUGUAAGAUUUGUGGGAAAGCCUUUGGACGAUCUUCAAAUCUUAAUAGACACCUGCGAAGCCACACUGGAGAAAAACCCUAUGAAUGUAAGGAGUGUGGCAAGGCCUUCACUACCUACUCAAGGCUAGUGGAACACUUUAGAACUCACACUGGAGAGAAACCAUAUAAAUGUAAGGAUUGUGGAAAAGCCUUUGCUAAGCGGUCAGGCCUUAUAACACAUAUAUCAACCCAUGCUUCAGAGAAACCCUUUGCAUGUAAAGAGUGUGGAAAAGCCUUUGCUUCAUCCCCACGCCUCAGUCAGCAUAUAAGAAUUCACAGUGGAGAGAGACCCUACAUAUGUAAGGAGUGUGGGCGAGCCUUCCUCACCUCCUCAUACCUGCGGAACCAUGUAGGAAGAACUCACAGUGGAGAGAGACCCUAUAUAUGUGGAGAAUGUGGGAAAGCCUUCCAUUCUUACUCAAAUCUCCGCAGACAUGUAAGAACUCACAGUGGAGAAAGACCCUAUAUAUGCAAGGAAUGUGGGAAAGCCUUCCUCAAUUCCUCAUACCUACAUAAUCAUAUAAGAAAAACGCACAGUGGAGAGAUGCCUCAUAUAUGUGGUGAAUGUGGGAAAGUCUUCCAUGCUUCCUCAUACCUGCGUAGACACUUAAGAACUCACAGUGGAGAGAGACCAUGCAUAUGUAAGGAAUGUGGGAAAGCCUUCCUCAACUCCUCGUACUUACGGAAGCAUCUAACCAUUCAUACUGGAGACAAACCCUACGAGUGUAAGGAAUGUGGAAAAGCCUACCGUAGGUACAAUCUGCUACAUGACCAUUUAAAAACUCAUGCAGUUGAAAAGCCAUUUGAAUGUGAUGUAUGUGGAAAAUCCUUUCAGUAUUUCUCAUACCUUACUAAACACAUUCGUAUUCACACUGGAACAAAACCUUAUAAGUGUAAGUACUGUGGGAAAGAUUUCACUACUUCCUCAAGCCGAACUGAACAUAUCCGAACUCACACUGGCGAGAGGCCCUAUGAGUGUACGGAAUGUGAGAAAACCUUCACUUCCUCAUCUAACCUCAUUCACCACGUAAAAAUCCACACUAGAGAGAAACCUUUUGUUGAGAAUAUAGGGAAGCCUACAAUAGAUUUUCCCUACUAACCAAGCACUUGUAAGUCAUGGUGAACAGUCACUUCAGAUAGGAGGAAUGCCAGAAACCCUUCACCCCUCAUCUCUUGGUUUCAUCAGCCUGGGAUUUACACUACUAAGAAGCCAAGGAAUGUGCAGCAGCCCCCAACUGUGACAGUUACUUUGAAAACAUAAAAAGAACUCACACUCAAGAUGACCCAUGAAUUUAAGGAAAGAAAUACAACAGGGAAGUAGCCCUCACUACUUCCUAGGACCUUCCUAAAUGUCUGAGACUUCACAAUGAAGGGAAAUCACUGAUGUAAGAUGCAUAGAAGGUUGUAGUUCUGUUAAGUAUUUUAAAAUCAUUUUUCUCAACAGUUGAGAAAACCUUCAUGAAGGUAAGGAAUGUUAGAAAGUAAUGUGAACAUAAUUUUCCCAGUGUUUAGUAAACAUUAUAAUUCAUACCCAAGAGAAAUUAACUAUAUGGAAAUUUUGUCCAUGUGUGCUGGCAGCAAUAAGGCCUGUUGGGUGAUAUUUUAUUUUGAAUUUUUGCCCUGAUUCCUGUUCUGAUAUAUUCCUGGAGUUAUAAUACAUUUUCUUUCCUUCAAGCAACACCAUUUCAUCUUGAUUAUUAUAACUUCUGGGUAGUAAGCUUUUGGAUUAUAUGAGGAGUUUUGGACUAUAAACAUUGUUUUAGUGUAGUGUAGAUUCUGUUGUUGGCUUACCAACUAUUAAACAUGCUACCCUACUUACAGCAGCUGAGUUUCAUAAUACAGUCCUCACAGUCAUUAAAAUGUUCUUGUUCCCUUUCUACAACUUUUAGAUAAAGGUGAUAUAAAUAAAUAAGCAACAAGCUAGCAAAGUCCUUUCUACAAACCCAUUGAGCUAGGAAUGCAUAAAUGUAUCAGUCCUUGAUAGAGCCAGAGCCCUCAAGAUCCAGAUAGCUCUCCCAUCCUACACUGAACUCUACAGUCCUAGGAUCCAGGCCUUAACUACAUGAACUUUUUGGGGUACAUUUCAGAUAUAAGUCAUAAUACAACCCCUCCUGGCUUCUGGUAAACCUCAAGAUUACAAAGAACUCGAAUGCUUGAGGAUGUAAUCUAUAGCAGACAUCACCUACAUAUACUCUUACUCACUAGAAUUAUUCAAAAUUGUUGAUCUGAAAAUUUUUUUUCCAGCUAUACUUUUGCUUCUUGGCAAAAAUUUCAAUAAACAUUGUGGUUAAGGUUUUUCUUGCUCCCA